AUGGCGGUUUCAUUAUCUCUGAUAAAAUCUCCGCCUCUCUCUCCGCCACACAGCAACUGCGUCAGUUCGUUUUGCCCCAAAUUUCCUCACAGUUUGCCCUCAAAAUGCAACUGCAAAACUCGCCGCCAUCCCCAAUUCGUCAUCACUUUCUCUUAUAAAUCAAAGAAUGGAGUUAUUGCUACUGAUAAGAAAAGGGAAUUGCUUGAAAGUUACGGCCUUAAUCCCGACGAAUUUUUAUCGGAACCCUCUCCCAAGAUAAAGAGGAAAAAAGAGCGCACCAAGACGGGAAUGGGAAAUGAAGUACUUUUGGAGGAUCCCAAACCUACUAGGGAUACUCACAAAUUGCUUCAGGUUCUUGGGGGGACUGCUCGGAGGAAGAAAUUGCUCUCACCAAAGGGCAUGGAUGUGCGACCAAUGAUGGAAGUUGUAAAGGGAGCAGCUUUCAGCAUAUUGCAGGCCGCUGGUGGCUGUCCUACAUCUCUGAGGCCUGGACGCUGGUUGGACUUGUAUAGUGGUACAGGAUCUGUUGGUAUUGAAGCUAUCAGUCGAGGAUGCUCUGAGGCGCAUUUUGUCGAAAUGGAUCCUUGGGUUAUCUCAGAUGUUCUACGGCCAAAUUUAGAAUCAACUGGUUUUCUUGACGCAUCGGUUAUACAUGCUGUUCGUGUUGAAAAUUUCUUGAAACGUGCAGAGCAGUUAUUAGGUAAAAAUGGAGAAUUUGAUUACAUAAGUGUUACACCUCCAUAUAUGCUUGUAGAUUAUGCAGUACUGAUGAACCAAGUUUCGAAUUCAUCAGUAAUUGGAGAGAAUACCUUUAUAGUGGUUGAGUAUCCAUUGAGAACUGACAUGUUGGAUUCAUGUGGCUGCCUUGUAAAGAUAGCUGAUCGGCGAUUUGGUCGAACCCAUCUAGCAAUAUAUGGACCAAAGUGGGCUCAGAAGAAGAGAAAGUCAGAGACACGAGGACAGUUGUAG